CUAUUUGGACUAGUUGAGUUGUGAAUGAAGCCCUAAUAUCAACUGUGAAGGACUAUUAUCAAUUCACUGUAGGAAACCUGUGGAAUAUAUGAGGAGGAAACGUCUUAGAAAAUGAAGCGCCAAUUAAAAUUGUGAAGGGGUUGAAUUAAUGUGUAAGGAAGCUUGAAAGCAAUGAAAGCGUUGACACAGAUAAAAAAAUAAUAAAUUAUGGUAUAUGCCAUAAUUGUCAUUAGAUGCCGGAGUUGAUUCUGGGCUUUAGUAAGCUCUCGCUGCUUAAAUAGCCAGCCAACAUAGCCAAAAAUUUCCAGCUCUCUCGUCUCUUCCUUCACUGCAUAUUCAAAAAGCAGGAAAAUUAAUUUCUAAGGUAUUGAAGGAGGAAGACUAGUACCCUUAAGUUUAAGUGCUUAGCCAUGGCUAGAGGACAAUUGGGUGUGCUCAAUGCACUAGAUGUGGCAAAGACCCAAUGGUACCAUUUUACUGCCAUUGUUAUUGCUGGAAUGGGAUUCUUCACAGAUGCAUACGAUCUCUUUUGCAUCUCCUUGGUCACCAAGUUGUUGGGUCGCAUUUACUACCAUGUCGAUGGCGCCGAAAAGCCAGGAACAUUGCCUCCAAAUGUUUCAGCUGCCGUUAAUGGUGUGGCUUUAUGCGGCACUUUAGCUGGUCAGCUCUUCUUCGGUUGGCUCGGUGACAAACUGGGGCGUAAAAAGGUUUACGGUAUAACUUUGAUUCUUAUGGUUGUUAGCGCCGUCGCCUCCGGGCUUUCCUUUGGAAAAAGUCCAACUGGUGUCAUGACAACCCUUUGCUUCUUCAGAUUUUGGCUUGGUUUUGGUGUCGGUGGUGACUAUCCACUUUCAGCCACUAUAAUGUCCGAAUAUGCUAACAAAAGGACUCGCGGAGCAUUUAUUGCAGCGGUUUUCGCAAUGCAAGGUUUUGGGAUUUUGGCUGGUGGGAUUGUGGCUCUGAUUAUAUCAGCUUCAUUUAAUAACCGAUUCAAUGCUCCUCCAUACUCAGAUAAUCCCUUAGGCUCCACCGUGCCUCAAGCUGACUAUGUUUGGCGCAUUGUGUUGAUGAUUGGCGCCAUUCCUGCGGCUCUUACCUAUUACUGGCGGAUGAAGAUGCCUGAAACUGCUCGUUACACAGCUCUUGUUGCCAAAAACGCAAAACAGGCAGCUGCCGAUAUGUCAAAGGUCUUGCAUGUAGAACUUGAAGUGGAAGAGGAAAAGGUUGCACAACUAACCAUAGAAAAUCAAAGCAAUUCCUUUGGCUUGUUUUCUAGGCAAUUUUUGAAACGCCACGGACUUCACUUAUUUGGAACCUGUUCAACUUGGUUCCUGUUAGAUAUUGCGUUUUACAGUAAUAAUCUUUUCCAGAAGGAUAUCUUCAGUGCAAUUGGAUGGCUUCCUGCGGCACAAACAAUGAAUGCUAUUGAGGAGGUUUUCAAGAUUGCAAGGGCACAAACACUUAUAGCUCUAUGCAGCACAGUUCCUGGUUAUUGGUUCACAGUGUUUCUCAUUGAUCAUAUCGGAAGGUUUGCAAUCCAAAUGAUGGGCUUCUUCUUCAUGACAGUUUUCAUGUUAGCACUUGCUAUACCUUAUGAUCACUGGACCCAGAAGGCUCACAGAAUCGGCUUCGUUGUUAUGUACGCACUGACAUUUUUCUUCUCAAAUUUUGGACCAAACGCCACGACAUUUGUGGUGCCGGCAGAGAUUUUCCCCGCAAGGCUAAGGUCAACUUGCCAUGGCAUAUCAGCAGCUUGUGGUAAAGCAGGUGCCAUUGUGGGAGCAUUUGGCUUCUUGUACGCUGCCCAAAGCACUGACCCGGCCAAGACAGACGCUGGUUACAAACCGGGUAUUGGUAUCAAGAAUUCACUAUAUAUGCUCGCUGCUGUUAACUUUGUUGGGAUGCAAUGCACUUGGUUCGUCCCAGAGGCAAAGGGCAAAUCGCUUGAGGAGUUGAGUGGAGAAAAUGAAGAUGACUCUGAAGAGACAUAACAGGCAGCUGCUUCUACCAGCACUGUUUCUGUCUAAUGAUUUUUCUUAAGUUUACUUGAUUUGUCAAACUGUGUGAAGAUUCAAUGGUUUCAUUUUAGCUUCCUGUUAAGUCUAAGAAAUUAAACACAAUAAACAUGUAAUUAUGAUGAUUUUCUUUGGUUUAA